GUGAGCUACUUGUGAGCUUUGAUCGCACCAAAACAAUUUUCCACGUAUUUACGGUGAGCCAUAUCCUAUCCGUAUGUACCCCUCCGUCUCCCCAUCCCCCAUCUCCCGGUCGACGUGGCGUCCUCUCUUUCUCAACCGCAAUACGAAGAAUCCUGUCCACGGGAAGAGCUCUUCCCGGAACUAAGAAACUAGUGUAUCUCUCUCUUUCUCUCUCUCUCCCCCUCCUAUCGUGCCAGUGCUCUCUAACUAGGUUGUCCAAUUGAUGGGACACCUAAAGAAGAAGAUGAUGCUGAUGUGAGAACUGUCGGAUUCCAAAUGCAAGGGGUAACUGUGAUUGCAGGAACCAGCUCAGUGCCUUGCUGUCGCUCAAUCACGAACAACCGGGUGAUCAUUAAGAGAUUGAUUCCUUCCUGUAGAAGCGUCUUUAUUGGAGGUGAACAUGGAAUCAAACUUAUGGUUCGUGUUCGUUUUGGUUUGCAGAAGCGAAGACAUCGAAUAGGAUUUGUUCUCCCACAAUCUGUUCUUCCAUUAACUGAAGAAAAUGUGGAAAUGAUUUUGGAUGAAGUGCGUCCCAGCUUGAUGGCAGAUGGUGGUAAUGUAGCUUUGCAUGAAAUUGAUGGCCUUGUAGUAAUUUUGAAGCUUCAAGGGGCGUGUGGAUCUUGUCCGAGCUCAGCAAUGACUCUGAAAAUGGGAAUUGAAACCAGAUUGAGAGAUAAGAUCCCAGAAAUUCAGGCAGUUGAGCAAAUUAUGGACAAUGAGGGAGGGCUUGACCUCAAUGAUGAAAAUGUCGAGAAGGUUCUUGAUGAGAUAAGGCCUUAUCUUUCAGGCACUGGAGGUGGCGUUCUUCAACUAGUCCAAAUUGAUGGAUACACAGUGAAGAUACGAUUAACAGGGCCUGCAGCAGGGGUGAUGACUGUUCGUGUGGCAACAACGCAAAAGCUAAGAGAGAAGAUACCUUAUAUAACAGCAGUGCAGUUGAUGGAUCAAUGAAUUGUUUUGAAAUUUCAAAAUUGUAAUAUGCGUAAGUUAGCGAUGAGACAAAUUCAUGAGAUUUCUCAGGUAACUAAAUGAUGGAUUGGUCCUUUCCUCAAGCGUGAUUACCAGGAGGUCCUUCAACAAUAAGUAAAAUUUGAAUGUCAGGGCCAGAUACAUUGAUCAUUUUUCUGAGAAAAUUUGCAUUUUCGA